UGGACUCGAGUAAGAAUCUGCAGCAGCCUUUGGGAGUUUUUGGUGAUUUUUUUGACCUUGUUCCCAGUAGAGAUCCAUUCUUUUUGGUGAUAGGAAAUUUUUUCAUUCUCCGUACAGUCUUGUGCUGAUUAGGCAGUUCUCCCAACAGGAUCUGGGAUCUGGCUGUGUUCUUGCUGUCAUCAUCAUAAUCUCCCGCUUUCAUUUUGUGGGAUUAUUAUGGCUGUGAAACAGGACAGCCUGUGACUGCCCAUUGCUUUCUGCAGGCCUUUUCUUUAUGUUUUUAUUCUGGCUUUAAUUUGGUGAGAUACCAGGAGCCAAAAUGCUGAACCAGAGUGCUGUGAUGAUCUUCACUGGGAUUUGUGGGGCGUUGGUGGUCAUGGCAAUGGCCUACUACGUCUACUGGUCUGUAGUAUUGGCCGAAGGACCGUGUAAACGGGGCUUGUAAAAAGAUCCACCGUGGUUGGUCGUAGUGUAUAGAGAGGAGCCUACUCAGCUCUCCAGGCUCCUCAGCCAUGGCUCUGCUGGCCUACCUGAAGAGCCUGUUCAUCCUGCAGCUGCUGAUGGGCUUUGUGUUUGUGGUGAGCGGCCUCAUCAUAAACUUCAUCCAGCUCUGCACCUGCGUCCUCUGGCCGAUCAACAAGCAGCUCUAUCGCAGAAUCAACUGCCGACUCUCCUAUUCCCUCUGGAGUCAGCUGGUGAUGCUGCUGGAGUGGUGGUCAGGCACAGACUGCACCCUAUACACCGACCAGGCUACGGUGGACAAGUUUGGCACAGAGCAUGCCAUCAUAAUCCUCAACCACAACUUUGAGAUUGACUUCCUGUGUGGCUGGACCAUGUGUGAAAGAUACGGCAUCCUAGGGAGUUCAAAGGUGUUGGCCAAACAUGAGCUACUGAAGGUUCCUCUGAUUGGCUGGACCUGGUAUUUCCUAGAAAUAGUCUUCUGCAAAAGAAAGUGGGAGGAGGACCGAAAUACUGUGUUCAAAGGACUGACCAGGCUCAAAGACUAUCCUGAAUGUAUGUGGUUCCUGCUGUAUUGCGAAGGCACCCGCUUUACAGAGACGAAACACCAAAUCAGUAUGCAGGUUGCAGAGAGUAAAGGCCUGCCCAAGCUCAAAUACCACCUGCUCCCCCGAACCAAAGGAUUCACCACCACACUGAAGUGUCUCAAGGGCACAGUAACUGCUGUUUAUGAUGUGACUCUCAACUUCAAAGACAACCAGACUCCCACUCUGCUGGGCAUUGUCAAUGGCAAGAAAUACAAAGCGGACAUGAGUGUAAGACGGUUCCCUGUGGGGGAUAUACCAGAUGACGAGCAAGAGUGUGCCAGCUGGCUGCACAAGCUGUACCAGGAGAAGGAUGCCUUGCAGGAAACAUACAGCAAGGAAGGCAAGUUCCCCGGACCCACAAUAAUCCCACGUCGUAGGCCAUGGACACUGCUGAACUUCCUGUUUUGGGCCACCCUGCUGCUUUCGCCCCUCAUCAAGUUUGCUUGUGGAGUGGCCGUCAGUGGCUCCCCCCUCCUCAUCAUUGGCUUUAUCAUCUUCCUCGUCAUAGCCUCCAUAGCUAUCCGCCGCCUCAUAGGGGUGACAGAGGUGAAGAAAACAGGGUCCAGUUACGGCAACCAGGAGGCCAAGAAACAAAACUAAAGCGUGUCACCCCUCCCCCCUCCGUGUACGGCCACUCUGUACAGUCGCCCUGCGGUGUCUCACCCCUACCCAACUCCAUUCUCCUCCUACUGUUGAGUCAGUUGGCAGGCCGAGGAGGAGACCCAGCUGUGAAAACAAUAAUAGAGACAAGAGUUAGAAAUACUAAUGGCACUAGAGUGAGAGAGAGAGCGAGCAUGAAAGGUCUGGGGUUCCAUCUCCCUGUGUAACAGAACAUGGGGGAGAUGCAGUACUGUAUCUCCUGCAUCUUUCUAAAUCCAGCUAGCAACCCACUGUUCCCAUCCAAGUCCCAUUAAAUCCCGGUAACACCCGAGGUUAAGCUUCUAACCUGUCUUAGGUCACAUGGACCCAUUUCCUGCUUACAGCUACCUACUUCCACUUCCUGUCACCGGCCAUCAGCCAGUCAGGGAGUGGUAACGUGCUCAUUCUUUCUGCCCACAGAACAAUCCAUAUCUUUUUAAAUCUUAGCCUCCAUCCAGGGGCGGUGUGUUUCUGCAGCAGCAGUCUUUAACAUGCAGGACAUCUGCCUCCUUUGUUUUUUCACUAAGUGGGACUUGUAAUGGGAACCGGUGCCUUGAGGCCCAGCCUGGUUUCAUCAAUCUUAAAGGGUCAUUUCACCCAAGUCACAAGACAUUUACCAUUUAACUUCCAGGUAUGUACCCAGGCAGAUAGUUUGGGUUUUUAUAUGCCGAGGGUCUGAGCUAACCCCCAGUGCCACUUCUUCUGCCAGACAAGUGCAAUGUAGGUGAAUGAAAUGAAGUCCAUUUAUGCACCACCAAUGACAUUCAGGUCACCUUUGUUGUAUCGGUUCAGCAGCAGAAGCCUCAGGGCGGAGAUCUCAAAAUGUAAAUCCCACAUCAUCUCCACGGCUUCAUACCGCAAGGCUUAAGAGGGAAAAUCUUUCUUCUAAACCUUGUGAUCUUGGUGAACUGAACCCUUAACAUCUUGUCUUAGAGAGGCUGGUGUCUGUUUAACCACAGCAAGGGCUCGGAAUGUGAAAACUGUCCUUAUCAAGGACGCCUACCAUCUGUUACAGGUCUCAUGUGUAGCCCACCGCACUAACACCCACAGAUUCAUCCUGCCACAUUUCAAUUCUUUUUCCAGUUUCUAUUCCUAUUUUCACUUGCUAGGGCUCGGGAUUUUCGCCCCUUUUUAAAACACAAUCUGACCCCCUAAAUGUGAGCAGCCAGCACUCCCGGUCCAAACACUGAAGCAGUUCAACCUGCCACCUCCCCUCCAUCUGAUGAUUGACAGCUGAAAUGCAGUGCACACUGGUGUGCUCCAUGUGACUGUUGUGCUUCUGCUGUUGAAUGGCAGUGGAGCCAGAUUGCAGAAAAAGGUCACCAACCGUCUUCAUGUAGCCUCACAGCUGUUAGCAUAUUAUUUUGCUGUCCAGAUAUAGACUGCGUAGUAGUGAUGUUUUAACCUUUGCCUUAACUCAAGCUUGCUCAGGCAAGGGAUCGCUUAUCCGCCACCCCUUUAAAAACAGCACCCACCUCUUACCUCUACGUUUCGUUUGAAUAUUUAUCCUCCUCCUCCUCCUCCCAUGACAGUGCAUCAUGGAGUAGUGUGCAUUCAUUUGGUUUGAUUACCAAACUGAAUGAGUAAUUGAAAACCAUUUUUUGUUUCUCGUAGCCAUUGUUGGUGCACUCACAGUUCCAUACAUUUCAACAUUUUAGAAUCGAUCACCCCGGAGUUUGUUGUUUUUAACUGUAAUGAAUUAAACGUCAGCUGCUGCAGUACAUGAGUGAAUUUUGUCCAGUGUUAACAGCUACAUUUCCUGGUCCAAACAAUGGUAGCAAGACAUGAAGGGGACAUUUUGUCCCCCUCCCUCCUCCCAUCCCCCCUCACAUGCCACAUGUAGUAUUAAUCACAUAUUUUGAUUUGUUGGUUUAUUAUUUUUUUCGGUGGGGGGGGGGGGGGGGUCAUCACUCCUCAGCAGCAAUAUGUCUCCUCUCUCAACCCAGACAGAUUUCAUGCAAGCCUUAAUAGACAGCGCUGCUUAAUUUUUGUGUGAAAAUGUAGAAGCUAACUGAGCCCUUGUCGUGUAGUGAAGGAUUGAAAACAGAAAGAUGUCCUCCGGUAUAGCAAGCAGGUUGCUGGGAUUAGUUGCCAAGUAGCUUGUUCUAAAGUUUUAACGUUAAGAAUUAAAGAGAAGUGAGAGUCUGCUCUUAUGUUCAAAGAGCCCUGUCCAUAAUCAAUUCUCAUUUUUUACAAAAGGGUACUUUGAGUUGCUUUACCUCAAAUAUUUGUUAAAAGCUUUAGUACCUUAGCUUGUUAUCGUUAACUUCACGAGAUCUGUUUUUUUUUUUUUUUUUUGUCCUUUGAUCCCAGCAAACACAUCAGAUACGAACGCAGUCCCACUCGUCCUGUCAUUCAGUAAAAAUCAGAUUCCUGAAGCAGAAACGAUGCUGAGAAGUUCAAACGAGUAUUUGGAAAAACUUUUUACACUGGAUGGUUUUUAUUCAGUAAAGAAAAAUAAAUGUAACUUGUGGUUGUUGUUUUUUUCUUCAGAGGACUCAAAUGGAAUCAAAUAACAUCACAAGCUGACGCCACUUCAUCAUUUUUUUUUUUACAUCUUGAACAUAAUUCAGUUAGUGGCACCUCUUGCGUCAUCUUUUUUUGUUUUCUAAGGCUAUUUUUAUGUUUUCUUCAAUUAAAAACACUUGAGAAUAUUAAAGGAUUUAAUCACAAAGCAGCUCUUACUUCUUUGAUUUAUUUGGAUUGGUGUGAAUUUCUCUGUUUGCUCAGCAGCUCAGAUUGAAGGAAUAUAGCUCAGCGUGACACCAGGGGCGGGUGAAGCUGCAUCCACACGAAACAUGUCCCCUCCUUCCAUUUUCAGCUCCAUCCACAGCAGCAUUUUCUCAGAGGCACAUUUGCAUCCACCUGCCUCCAUUCAUCAUCACACAUUCAGUUUUCCAUUAGGAUACAGUACAAAGUCACUCAAGAGUGACCGUAUUUAGAGACUGUGUAAACUGAAAAUAUGUAAAUAUAAGGUAAAUGAUGAAUGUCACAUUCACUUUUAGAAAUUGCAGAGAUGUACUUACCUGUUCUUUUGCAGUAGACCUUUUGAAUGACACAUUAAUCAAUUGUCCAAAUGUCCUAAGGACAUUAUGGAUAUACAGUCACAAGUUGUGUGACCGGAUGCUGAGACUGUAUAAAUAUGUACAUAAUGUAAAUGAUGAGUAUGAUGUUCACGUUGAGAAAUGGCAGAGAUGCUCUCCUGUUCUUUUGCAAUAGCUCUUUUGAAUGACGGGCCAUGCGUUCAGGCUACAACCAAAUGUUCCGCUGAUGGAAAAGCGAAAGCAGAGGAUUUAAACUGAGCUGGCUUCCGGAGUGCAGUGCAAAGGUUAAACUCAACGCUAUCUCACCUUUCAGGUUUGGAGCUGUAAAUACCCUCAGCGAUGCCUCUCUUCUAAUUAAAACCACAGAAGGCUGUAGUCACAGAUGAUGCUUACAAAGCAUUUUUCCAACUUUGUAAUUAAUCAUGGUUUCUACUGUAGUCGGUUACUUUUUGCAUGAUGUGCACUAUUGCACAGUCACUGAAUCGAGUUAAUUCUGACUCAGGGACUCUUUUACAGACUGGCAAUGCGACAG